UUGGACUUUUCCAGGGAUUGUAACAUAGCUUGAAAAUAACGCUACAAAAUAUGCUCAACCAAGGUUAUCACAUUUUAGCUGAGCUAACCCUCCUAAAACUGAAAAACAUCUCUGGAGUUAUUGUUAGCCCAUGUGAAAAUGAUCCACUUAAAUGGCUCGGGAUUAUUUCUGUUCGAAGUGGUUACUAUUUUGGAGGAGUUUUCGAUUUCGUCUUAUCUCUGCCAGAUGAUUUUCCAUCAACAAAACUGCCGAAGCUCUAUUUAUGUAAAGAAUUUUAUCAUCCUCAUGUAGACUGGAUUACCGGAGAGGUGAGCGUGCACACGGAAUUCCCGAUAUGGAAUCCAGACAAGCACCAUAUUUGGCAUAUUCUUCAUCAUUUUAAACGGUUGUUGACUAGUCCUACAAGUAUUAUUGUUUCAUCACUUGCAGAACAAACUGCUUGUAUCAAAAACAUGAGAGAUGUGAAGUAUGCUAAUCCAGAAGCAGCUAACGCACUGAUUCACCAUCCGGAAGAAUUUGAUACUCGGGCUAAAGGAUGUGUCACUAAACUCUCUGUAUGGACACAGCCAUCACAGGAUAUCCCUUCAUUAAAUCUUUCUGGAUGGAUGAAUGACAGUAUACUGAGUGAUGCACGAGAUUUACUGCAGUGCUACGAAAAGUGUAGUAUUUUUUUCAGCUUAUAAGUUCAGGUCAGUUUCAUACGGAGCCGGUGUUCAUCCUGGCAUUGACUUGGCUAGUAUAUUAUCGGAAAUCUUUGACGCAUCAAUAAUGUAAAUUAUAAGGUUUGAUGUAAAUCUCACGAACUACUAGAAUUUUACAAGGAACUUUGAAGGAUGAGUUGAUAAUUAAUGCAUCGGAUACAAGGCUAGGGUGAACUGUUAGUUCAGCAUCGUUAGGACGAAGCAAAAAUCAAUAUUCUUUUUAUUCACUUUUAUAAUUACAUGUAGGUUAUCGUGAGAUGUUUCAGCUUCUAGAAUUAACACUUGAAGAAAAGAAUACUGUAUUCCGUACACUUACCGUUUAGGUGUUGAAGUUUUCCAAUAUGUAAAGCAACUGCCUAGAUAGUUCGAGAGAAUUAUUGCAUAAGUUGCAGUUAUCUAGGAAACUUUUGUCUAGUCAGUGAGCUGUGAGUGAUAAGGUGAUGAACACUUUCGGUUGAUUGCAGUCCAUCGACAGAAGCCUUAGUAGUGUAACCAUAUGAAUUUCUACCCAUUGAACAGCAUAUUGGUGUCCAACAGCCCAAUAUAUACCAAAAGUCUUCAUCAAUGGCUGGAAGAUUCUUUUGGUGAAUGGUAGCACUAUCCACAAAAUUUCUGGCCAUUAUGAGUAAGCAUCCACAAGUUGUGGUUAGGUAAUCCCGUUUAUCGGGCUGACAAACAUAAAUAUAUAAGGUGGACUUAAUGAAUGGACUAUAAAUCUUAUCUUAAGACGGUACGUUCAAAUAACUUCAACAGUCACAAAACACCGAUACUUAAGAACCGUUUAUUCGAAUCGAUUAGAGGAAUGUUUAUUGUAAUGCUACACUAAUGUUUACAUAUCGCAAACUAGUUCUCUGUAUGUGUUCACAAUAAGUUUCCUUAUUUGACCGCCUGUGGUCGUUUGCGAAGUACAAUAUCCAUUGCUGCUAUUUUUUUCAUCUAACUCAUUUACUGAUUCCAAGGUUAUUUUUAAAGUCUACACCAAUAUUCCUAGAUAUUUCCUCCCUUAAAUGUUGGAAGCUGUCAAUUGGAAAACAUAAACAAGACUACUGGCUAGAAGAGUAGUUUUUUACGCUCUAAAAUAACAUACAAAAUAUUAACACAAAAACAUGAAAUGUCGUAAGCUAUCGGAGGAAAUCAGUUUUUAGGUCACUCACUGUCCAAUAAUUUAAGACCUGACUGUUAGGCUUAAUUACAGACCAUCAUAUCAGAAUGGUCUAGUGAUUAUUGGCAUACGAACUUUGAUAUUAUCUAAAACGAUAAUAAAACUUCCCAAUCAAACUAUGUAGCUCAGAGAGGAUAACAUGAAAGAUACAUGGAUUUCUUUUGUUAAUACUUCAACUGUCCCUAUGAUAUUGAACAGUAUAGGAAUGCUAAACAGUGUUUAAUUGUAUUCAGUUGUGUUUAUAUGUAUCACAGUAAUUAACAGGCUGAAGUUUUAACCAAUAAGUGCUGGGUUUGAAUUUCAUUGAAAAGGAAUUAAUGUGACUGUACAUUCAUCAGGCAAAUCGCUUUAUAUCCGGCACCAAGUAAUGUUAAAG